AAUAUUAAUUAAUCAAUUGAUAUUUAAUCAUAUUUAACAGUAAAAGUUUCUACUUUUAUAGAAAAUUUAUAAAUUGGCAAUUUAUAGGUUAAAAAUAGCUUAUUUUCUAUAACUGCAUCUAUAGUAUCCAUCAAGAAAAUAAAUCUAUAAAAUAUAUAAGCUGAAAAUGAUGAAGAAGAUUUAAUACUAUUUUUAGUAAAUGAUUUUAAGGAUGUAAUAGCUAACUAAAUAUAUUCUAUAAACAAUGAAAUUUCUAUUUUAACUUUAAGUUAAUAGUAAGAUUAAGGAUUAGCUAUAAUUUAAUCUUGCAAGUUUUUGAAUUCAAACAUCUAAAAAAGCAUUUCACUAAUAUAAUUUAUAGAUUUAAAUAAUUUAGAAAUAAGUGACAUUGAAGUUGAAAAUAUAUAAGUUAAAAGUAAUCAUUACUCAUCUAUAAUUAUUUUUAAACAAUGCAAUUUAACUUCCAUUUCUAAUAGUACUUUUAAAAACAACAUUAACUCGAAAGGAAUAGGAGGAUCUAUCUAUGCUAUAGAUAGCAAUAACAUUUUAAUUAAUAACUGUAUUUUUAUUUAAAACUAAUGCUUAACGUAAAACGGAGGAGCUCUCUUUGUUAGCAAUAUAAUUAAUACUUGCUAAUUAACAAUAACUUCAAGUAAAUUUAUUUCAAAUUAAGCAACAUUUUCAACAGGAGGAGCCAUAAAUCUUAUAAAUUCAAAUUUAAUAAUGAAAGAAACUUUAAUUUCAUAAAAUUAGGCUGCUAUAGGAGGAGGUAUUUAUUAUGAAUAGUUAAUACCAGAUAUUAUUUUUGAUUUUUAAAAUAAAAAUAAUAAUAAUAACUAAAUAAGCAAUAAUUAUGCCAAAUUUUAUGGAAAAAAUAUUGGAUCAACUUUAAGGAAAAUUUUGAUAGAUUAAAAAAAUAUUACUAUACCAAAUCAAAGCAAUGUGUAUUUCGAUGACUAAUAGUUGUUCAUCAAAUAAUUUAAAAGUGGAAGUUAAAUUUAAUUUAGUAAAAUUUAACUUCUCGAUGAAGAAGAUAAUCCUUUAUCCUAUCCAUACAUAUCAUAGGAAUAAUUUUUAAAUUAUAGUUCUAACGUUUAAACAAUAAUUUAAUAAAUUAGUAUUUAAAUAGAGUGUAACUAGUCAAUAAAAUAAAUUUAAUGUAAUGGAGAACUUUCAUCUAAAUAAUUUGUAAAUGGUGGAUUUAGAUUAAAUAUUUAGGUUAUGUAUGAGCCUUUCGCUAAAAUGGUUAUGUAACUUUACUCAAAUGUGUUUCCAUAGUUAUUAGACUCAAAAGGUAAAAAUUAUAUCAGCUAGUAAGCUCUAUAAAUUAAUAUAAACAUUGAUUUUGAUAGUUGCUCGGUUGGUGAAAUUUAAAAGUAAUAAGGAGAUUCAAUUAUUUGUGAAUUAUGCCCUGAGGGAAAAUAUUCUCUAAAUCUUUAAGAUUAGUCAUGCUAAUAAUGUCCUGAAUCAGCUAUUUAAUGCUAAAAUUCUACAAUAGAAUUAAAGAAUGGUUAUUGGAGGUUGAAUAACUAAUCAGAUGAAAUAAUUUAUUGCAGUUUAAAUCCCAUUUCUUGUUAACCUGAAUCUCAAUUAUCUAAAUUUAACUGUAUUUAGGGCAAUAUAGGACCUCUUUGCUAAUCUUGUGAUAGUUAUGGAGAGGUUUGGGGAAAUAAAUAUUCUUAAAUUUUAAGUCCAGGAUAUUGCUACAAGUGUGAUGAAAAUUUUUAAAAGAUUUUUUUUUAUAAUUUAAUUAUUAUUUUAUUUGUGGCAUGCUAUGUAUUUACAAUCCUAAAAAAGGUCAUAGUCAAACUUUAAGCUAAGCUUUCAGCUAUCUAUUUGAAUAAAGCAGAUAUAAUCUUUUUGGGCUCUACGAUUUAUUAGUCUGAUAAACCUCAAAUUAUAUCAAAGAUUCUAACAGAUCAUCUUUAAAUUAUAUCUUUGAUAUGCUAAUUUUAAAUUAAUUUACCAAAUUUUUAUACUUUACCUUUUUAAGUGUCUGGUGGUUCUAUGAGCACCACAAGCUAAUCUUUAAACUGCUUUUUUUCAAAUCACCCAGAGAUGUAACCUUUAUGGUUUUUUUAGACAAUCAGCUCCUUUAUGCUACCAAUUUUAAUUUUCUUUAUAUAUCUAGCAAUAGGUCUCAUUUAUAAAAAAAUAAAUAAGAAUAAUAUAAUAAUUAAUUACAUAUAAACUACUGCAAUUUUUUUAUAUUUUUACUUUUUUCCAACAGUAAUAAUACAUUUAAGUAGAACGCUAAAUUGCAUUUAAAUAGGAAGUUAUAAAUAUCUCGAUUUGGAUUUAAAUGUUAAAUGUUUUGAUGCUUAAAAACACUUACCAUACAUAUUAUACUUCAGUAUACCAUUCCUAGUAUUAUGGGCUUUUUUUAUACCUCUAUUUCUAUUUUUAAAAGUUAGAAAGGGUAAAAAAUAAAAGUGGUCUAUUUUCUAAGAAAUUAAAUAUUCGUUUAUAUUUGCAGGUUAUUAGGAAAAGUAUUACUUCUGGGAGUUUGGAAAGUUAGUAUUUAAGUCUAUUCUUAUUAUAACAUCAAUAUUGUUACAAUAAAAUGAAUUUUUUAAGGUCUCCUCUCUUAAUGUUUUAUUUCUGAUAUAAUCUUACAUUAUAUUUAGGUCUAAGCCCUAUAUUAAUAAUUACUUUAAUAAUUUACUAUAAAAACAUUCUCUGGUUUGUACCUUAUCAUUAAGUCUAUCUUCUAUACAAUCUAACUUUUUUAGCUAGAGUUAAUAUAAUUAAAGUAUAGUGUUUACACUAUUAUUGCUAUUCCUAAACUUAUAAUUUAUUAUAUAAUUAAUUAUGGGUAUUAUACAAAUUACAAUUUCAAAUGAAAGGAACAAAAGAAAUUGCAUUUAAGAAGUUUUCUAUAAACUUAAAAUGAAAUAUCCUUGGCUACUUGAAAAUAUUUUUAUAUAAAGAAACAACAGAAUCAGAUUAUUGAUCAAGUUAAAAAGAGUGAAAAAUAAAAUAAAAAAUCUAUUAAUAUAUUUUAAGAAUCAUAAUUUUUAUCACUAAGAAUCAUUUUAAACACAUUUUAACUUAUAGACCCCUAAAACAUAGAUUUCAAAUAAGCAAUAAUCAAAUAGAUUUGUUCUUUAAAAAUCUAACUAAUUAAAACAAAAUGAUUCAAUUUUUAAAAAGAAAAAUUCUUUUAAAAAUAUGAGAGAUAAAUGGACAUACUACACUAGAUAGACCAAAUAAAGUCCUUUAAUAUUUGACAAUAAUUAAGACUAAACUUAGAUAAAUAAAUAAGCUACUAACUGUUUAGACACUUAAGAAAAUGAUAAAAUACUAAUGACUAGUAUGGGAAGUAGUAAUCAUCAAAUUUUUGCUGAGCUAGCAGAUAAAAGUUUAUGA